GAAAGAAAACAAUGAAGAGAAAUGGCGGCAGAAUAUGUGUCAAAGGAGAUUGCUCCUCUUUCUGGGUCGGCCAAGUAAGUUCUCUACGUCCAUUACAAAGACAAUCGAGAACUUUCUUCAAUGAGCUGACCCCUUGUUAAUGGGAAUGAUUCAUUUGCCCGUCACAUCAUGGCUCGUGGGAAACGUUCUAUUCACGAAACUUUUGGAAGGAAGCAUUUCUGCAGAUUAAAUUUCGUCGGAAUUGUCUGCAGAGGUCCAAAACAGGAGCGGGACACGACGGUCAGAGACGAAUCUGUCAUUGUUACGAAAGAGAUUAAUGGGUUUAUAAAAUCUUCAUUUGUAAUCUCUGAUUGUUAGCUUUCCAUGGCGGGAGUCAACAGCUUUGUCGCUCAAAGACUCCCUCCAUACACGAAACCCGAAAAACCCUACUCGUUUCCAGUUCUUCAUCCCGCCAAGAACAUCAGGAAAUACAACCCAUCGGAUAAUUUGAUCCUCUCGGUCGUGAAAAGAAGAAGAUGGAGCGUUGGGUCGGUUAGUGAAGACCAAGAAUUGGUUCGUUUGGAGGAGAAUUAUUCGGAUGAUCGAGAACAAGGCUUAUCCAUUGAUGGGUCUGAGAAAUUUGAGUCAUAUUCUUCCUCUACUUCUUCCUUCUCCGAAGAGAAAGGAGCAGAUGAAGUGUUCAAGGGUUUCAGCGGCCGAGCUAUUAAUGCUACCAUUGUUUUGGGAUUUGGAACCUUGGUAGUCACUAAACUGCUCACAAUUGACCACGAGCUAUGGCAUGGAUGGACCUUGUAUGAGGUGCUAAGAUAUGCACCUGAGCACAAUUGGACUGCCUAUGAAGAAGCUCUCAAAACGAACCCAGUUUUAGCCAAAAUGAUGAUAAGUGGAAUCAUCUAUUUUCUUGGAGAUUGGAUUGCCCAAUGUUAUGAAGGAAAGCCUCUCUUUGAGUUCGACCGGGCACGCAUGUUCAGAUCAGGUCUUGUUGGGUUUUCGCUCCAUGGAUCCCUUUCUCAUUACUACUACCAAUUCUGCGAGGUUCUCUUCCCGUUCAAGGGUUGGUGGGUGGUUCCCGUGAAAGUUGCGUUUGAUCAAACUAUCUGGUCGGCGGUGUGGAAUAGCAUCUACUACGUGGUUUUGGGAAUUCUUCGUGCAGAAUCCCCGACUAAUGUUUAUAGCGAACUAAAGUCGACUUUUUGGCCAAUGCUUACAGCAGGUUGGAAACUUUGGCCAUUUGCUCAUCUGAUAACUUAUGGUGUUAUUCCUGUUGAGCAAAGGCUUCUAUGGGUGGACUGUGUGGAGCUCAUCUGGGUCACCAUCCUCUCAACUUAUUCAAAUGAGAAAUCCGAAGAACGAAUAACCGAGGCAUCAUCAGGAGAAAACAAAGUUUCAUCGAGCAGUCAUCCAGAUAAGGACCAAACAUGAUGGAAGACCGAGUUAGCCAGGCAGAAAACAGAUUCUAAAUUUGCAAAAUAUCAUUACAGUAGUUAUUGUUUUAUUCCUGAAACAGAUCUGCUAAAUCUCUGUUGGAUUUUUGUUGUAGAAACUGCAACAAUAUGCACAUACAUAUAAAGAGUACAAUUUACUGCAUUUCAUUUUCCGAGAAGAUGAAGAAGCUAUCAUCAACUAAAAUGAACUUGUGUUCCUAAACAUAGUUUUCUUUGAA